AUGUCCUGUCCUUCUCCCCCCGCAUCUAGCUGGGAUGCUGCGUACGAAAGAGAGCUGCAGACUUUUCGAGACAUUGGAGAUGCUGGUGAAAUUUGGUUUGGAGAAGAAAGCAUGGUUCGCAUAAUCAGAUGGCUGGAAAAACAAAAGGUCCCCCUGGACAGCUCUGUCCUUGACAUUGGAACUGGGAAUGGUGUUUUACUGAUUGAACUGGCAAAGUCUGGCUACACGAAUCUCACUGGGAUUGAUUACUCUCCUUCUGCAAUUCAACUUUCAGAAAAAGUAAGAGAGAAAGAAGGGAUGCCUAACAUUAAAUUAAAGGUAGAAGACUUCCUGGCUCCAUCAGCUGAGCUGUCAGGAUUUGAGAUCUGCAUUGACAAGGGGACUUUUGAUGCCAUAAGCCUUAAUCCCGAUAACGCGGUGGGAAAGAGGAAGCAGUAUGUCGGAUCUCUCUGCAGUGUGUUGAAACCAGAGGGCUUUUUCCUCAUAACAUCUUGCAACUGGACUAAGGAGGAGCUGUUGAACGAGUUCAGAGAAGGAUUUGAAAUUCUGGAGGAGCUGCCAACACCCAAAUUUUGCUUUGGAGGAAGAAUUGGAAACAGUGUAACAGCAUUGGUUUUCCAAAGGAAAAAAGCGAAGCCAUCCAUCCUGGACAAAUUAGAUUAGUGGAGAGAAUUCUGAACUUUAAACCUGACAGAAAACCUCAGACACGUGUGUAAAUAAAUGCUCUGUGAGUACACAGUAAAAUACUAUGUAUGGAACUCUAAGGGGCUAUAAAAUAUUGCCCUAGAAACAUUUCAGCCUUGCAUAACGUGCCCGUAAAUUUUGUCCUUGCUACAACCUCACUUGUUUUAGGGAAGCUGCAAGUUUGUAAGGGAGAAAGAAACGAGGUGUUCUAAAUAUGGAGACUGAUGUAACUGAAUGAUAUUUGUGUUUGGAACAUAAAUAUUAUCUGGGAUUUAAUUUCUGUAUUGGUAAUCAGUGACCAAUAGAGGUAAAGGUGUUCUACAAAGCAAAAA